AUGAGAUAACAAAAAAUGAUUGCAAACUUGACAUUGAGCAAAUUUCAGAGAAAACUUCUUCCUUAUCUUAAAAAUUAUCUAAUUGAAUCUAGUUAUUCUCGAAACUUUGAAAAAAAUAAAAAAAUAGAUGAAAUUUAAACUUAUAAUCAAGUAAAGAUUUUAGAUUCCUUGUCUGAGUUAAUGAUUUAGCUAUAUGCUGGGAGUAGAGAACAUCAUAAUAUUGACAAUUAAGACUUAGUAGAUAACAUUUUUGUAAUUAAACCAUUAACAAAGGAUGGAGAUAAAAACUUGAAAAUGAAAUUUUUUACUGGGAUACUUAGAAUGUUUAUAAAAGCCAAUUUGAAUGAAAGCAAGGCGAUUUAUAGAAAGAACCAGACUCACAACUUAGCUGAUUUAGAUAAUGAUGCUUAAAACUAGAAUAAUAGAUUUAGUGAUAACAAAGAAUUAAAGGUGAAAAUAUAAUAGAGUUUGAAAAAUAUAAAGAAUUAAUAAAUUGAUUUUAGAAUAUACGAAGAAGUUCCUUCAACUUCCCAAAGGAAAAAUGAAUAUAAUAUUGAUGAUCUCGAAAAAUAAUUUAAGUAAGCAAUGGAUCAAGUUGAAUAGGAAAAUCAAUCAGUUUAAAACAGUGAUACUCUGAUGCAAAUUCAAACAAUCUAAAAAGAUGAUAACAGAAGUUAAGACCUCAAAUAAAAUGAAUGGGAAUGA